UCCCCGCUCCGCCCAGCUCGGCACCGCGGAGCGCACCAUGCCCGCCGCAGCCGGCCCCGGCCCGGGGAGCUCGGCCGCCCCGCCGCCCGCCCGCCUCUGCCUGCUGGCCCUGGCGCUGCCGCUGGCGCUGACCGGGCGCGGGGCCGCGGCCGAGCCCUCCCGCACCGUCUACACCAACCACUGGGCCGUGCGGGUGCGGGGGGGGCCCGCCGAGGCCGCCCGCCUCGCCGCCGCCUACGGGUACAUCAGCCUGGGGCAGAUUGGGAGCUUGGAAAACUACUACCACUUUCACCACAGCAAGACAUUUAAGCGCUCGACGCUGAGCAGCCGGGGACCACACAACUUCCUCCGCAUGGACCCCAAGGUGGACUGGCUGCAGCAGCAGGAGGUGAAGCGGCGGGUGAAGAGGCAGGUCCGAGGCGAGCCGCACGCCCUGCCCUUCAACGACCCGGUGUGGCCCAACAUGUGGUACCUGCACUGUGGCGAUAAAAGCAGUCGCUGCAGGUCGGAGAUGAACGUCCUGGCAGCCUGGCAGAGGGGCUACACCGGCAAAAACGUGGUGGUCACCAUCCUCGAUGAUGGCAUAGAGAGGAAUCACCCCGACCUCCUGCAAAACUACGACCCUCUUGCAAGCUAUGACGUCAACGGGAACGACCACGACCCGACUCCGCGCUACGAUGCCAGCAAUGAGAAUAAGCACGGCACUCGCUGCGCAGGGGAAGUGGCAGCGGCGGCGAACAACUCGUACUGCAUCGUGGGCAUUGCCUACAACGCGCGCAUCGGAGGCAUUCGUAUGUUAGAUGGCGAUGUAACAGAUGUUGUUGAAGCGAAGUCGCUUGGCAUCAGACCCGAUUACAUUGACAUUUACAGCGCGAGCUGGGGGCCAGAUGAUGAUGGGAAGACAGUUGAUGGACCUGGUCUAUUGGCCAAACAGGCUUUUGAGCAUGGCAUUAAAAAGGGCCGCAGGGGCUUGGGGUCCAUUUUCGUCUGGGCAUCGGGGAACGGCGGCAGAGAGGGUGAUUACUGCUCCUGUGACGGCUACACCAACAGCAUCUACACCAUCUCCAUCAGCAGCACCACCGAGAACGGCUACAAACCCUGGUACCUGGAGGAGUGUGCCUCCACCCUCGCCACCACCUACAGCAGCGGGGCUUUUUACGAGCGGAAAAUAGUCACCACGGACCUCCGGCACCGCUGCACAGACGGCCACACCGGCACCUCCGUGUCCGCUCCCAUGGUCGCGGGCAUCAUCGCCUUGGCUUUGGAGGCAAACCCCCUGCUCACCUGGAGGGAUGUCCAGCAUCUGCUGGUCAAAACCUCGCGGCCGGUGCACCUGCGAGCGGCCGACUGGAAGACCAACGGCGCGGGGCAUAAAGUUAGCCAUCUAUAUGGCUUCGGUCUGGUGGAUGCAGACGCUAUUGUGGUUGAAGCCAAGAAGUGGAAGGCAGUCCCUCCCCAGCACGUCUGCGUGGGAAGCCUGGACAGGGUGCCCAAGUACAUCCGAGCGGAUCACGUGCUGCGCACCAGCACCCUCAGCAGCGCCUGCGCCGAGCACCGCGACCAGCACGUGCUUUACCUGGAGCACGUCGUGGUGCGGCUCAGCAUCUCGCACCCGCGCCGGGGCGACCUCCAGAUCAGCCUCAUCUCUCCGGCGGGGACCAGGUCGCAACUUCUCGCCCGGAGGGUGUUUGACCACUCCAACGAGGGGUUCAAGGGCUGGGAGUUCAUGACUGUCCACUGCUGGGGGGAGCGGGCGGCAGGGGAGUGGACCCUGGAGAUCCACGACACGCCAUCCCAAGUGCGCAACCCCGCGGUGCAAGGGAAGCUGAAGGAGUGGAGCCUCCUCUUCUACGGGACGGCCGAGCACCCCUACACGGCGCUGGGCAGCCCCCAGUCCCGCGGGAGGACGCUGGAGGUGCCGGCGUCAGAGAUGGAGCCAUCGAGAGCCGCCUUCCUGCAGAGCCAGGUGGAGGUGGUGGAGGAGGAAGAGGAGUACACGGGUCCGUGCCACCCCGAGUGCGGCGACCAGGGCUGCGACGGCCCCAACGCCGACCAGUGCUUGAACUGCAUCCACUACAGCCUGGGCAGCGUGAAAACCGGCAGGAUGUGCGUGAGCUCGUGCCCCGCGGGGUUUUUUGGUGACAAAGGUGCCCGAAGAUGCCGCCGGUGCUACAAGGGCUGCGAGCGCUGCAUCGGGAGGGGACCGACCCAGUGCACGACGUGCAAGCGGAACCUCUACCAUCACCAGGAGAUGAGCACCUGCGUGGUGCUGUGUCCGCCCGGUUUUUACGCCGAGGAACGUCAGAAACGCUGUCUGAAAUGUCAUCAAAGCUGUAAAAAAUGUGUCGGCGAAGCAGACAAAUGUACUGCAUGCAAAGAGGGAUUCAGCCUGGCAGGAGAGAGCUGCGUGCCGGAGUGCCAGCCCGCCAUGUACCUCAGCCGGGAGCCCCGGCGGUGCGAGACCUGCUCUGCCAGCACAGGGCUGGGCGAGGAGGACUGCGCACCCUGUGCCCCCGAGGCCCCUGCACCCCACUGGCGCUGCGUCCCCGCCUGCCGCGAGGGCUUCUACCCCGCCGACAGCCACGGGCUGCCCAACAAAGUCUGCAAGAGGUGCGAUGACCACUGCUCAGCCUGCGAGGGCUCCAGCGGAAACUGCCUCAGGUGUAAAGAAGGUUUCAGCCUCCUCGGCGGCUCCUGUGUAACAAAUGAAACCUGUACCAACGCUGACAAGACUUUCUGUGAGAUGGUGAAAUCAAACAAGCUCUGUGAAAAGAAGCUGUUUGUGCAGUUCUGCUGUCAGACGUGUCUUAUGGCCGGGUAAAGUUCAGCGGCUGCAUCCAUCCAGGACUUCCACCAACUGCCAGCCCAGUUUUGCCAAAUGUUUAGGACGAAAGUUUAUUUUUUCAGCUUUGGGAGAGUUUACAUGGUGCUGUCAAGCAUUCGCUCGUAAGUUUGAUAGCUUUAAUAUCACUGUCAGCGCGUUUCUAUAGCAAUAUGUUAAGCAGAGAUUGGAUUGUACCCUGAAUGAUCGAGUCCUGAAAGGCAACAGACAAGCGGUGAUAUUAAUACUCUCAAACACUCCUCGUGAGCAGGGACCGAUGCAUGAUCCAUGUACACAUGCUUGGUUCCUUGAGAAAUCCUACUGAUCUGCCCGCUCCGAGCAGCUGGCGGGAGCCCUCGCUGCAAAGGAUGCAGGACUUCCCACGUCUGCGAAGAAAGAGCCGUUUCUGGCUCAAUUUUUGGUACCCUUUUCUGCUAGGUGACGGCUGAUAUAAACCUGCAUUGCGAACGGCCGGCGCCGUGCUCUGUACAUACGUAAAACGAUGAAUUAGGUGUUUCCCGGAGCGGUGCCCUAAAGCCCGCUCUGGCACUCCUGUUCGGAUGCGGUCGGUAGCUGUUUCUCUCUGGCCGUGGCAAUAACUGGAGAUUUGAGGACCAAAGCGAGAGCUGGUCCCCAUGGCUCUGCACAUGUGUCAGCCCAGCGAGUCCGGCGGGGCUUUGCCUGGCAGGUAAUUGCAGGCAGGCAAAACCCGUGUGCCUACAGGGAGUCUUACGGACUCAGGGGGCUCGUCUGUACGGACCGGCCUGUGGGGUCACAGCCUUACCAUGAAAUGUAUUUCCCUCCUGGAACUGCUAGUAAGUUGCUGAUUAAUUCAGUUCUGGAAUGAGCUAGAUCCUUCCUCUAAAUGAGAUGGUGUCCCAAUUAAUCUCUUCCGGCAUUUUGCGUUACGAUCCUUCCCCUGUUGUGCUGCGUAUACCCCUCUCUCUUACAAAAUCCUCCUGUCCACAGCAGUGAUUUUUCUUGGGCAUCUGUUUCCAAAAGAGACAUUCCAGGGAUCCAGCCAGGAAACUCGUAAUUCUACAAAACCCUUCCCCGAAACAAACCUUGUCAUGCUCUCUCUUAAUAGUAAGUCAUGUGGUGUUUAUAUAAUUGUGUUUAAAAUAUCCUUGGCUAUGUUGUUUUACAGAUUUUUAAAAAAUAACUUAUACAAUCCUUGUUUUUUCUCUGUAGACUAUUUUUUAUAUGGGAGUGGGGAAUCUUUUUGUGUCUUAUGUCCUUCUCCUUUUCUCCUCUCUGACCUUGCAGAGCCGCUCUUUGCACCAGAUGUAUGUAAACACUCUUUCCUACGCUUCGUGUUCUGAUUUUCAUUGUUAAUAGUUUUAACGAGUUAAACCUUUUGCCAAUGAAAUUCACAGUACGAAUUGUCACCGGUUCCUCUUGGAGCUGGGAUAAUCCAGGAUUGGUUUCGGUUGCAACGACGCGCGCCCUGCCUGGGCUUGCCCGCUAGAGCUUACCUCAGCCGGGUGAAGAGGGGAGAGCCACACCAUCACCAGUCCUCACCUGCCUGGACCAAACCCAAGGAAAGAUGGAGCUUUGGUGAACUGACCUUUAAGUUAAUAAACUAUUGAUCUCCCCUGAC